GGACACCUCCUUUGGGCUACCGGGUAGCUGAUGAGGGAGACAGGACCCAAGAGAACCCUGUGUCCUGCGGAAGUGUUGAGAAGGGCAGGGAGAGGGGAGAGAGAGGCCUUGCUGUCCUAUGAGGUCUGCUUGCUGCUCCAGGAAGUGAAAUGUAAGCAUCUGUGGAAAUGCUUCUCUUCCACAGUGACCGAAUGUGGUUUAUCUGCAGCGCCCUGAGCCGCGGGUCCCCAGUUCGAGUCACUCCACGCAGGCUGCCCGCUGCAGACCCCCACUCCCGCCUGUGUAGCCCCUGCCCUGCCGGCACCACCGCCCUCCAACCUUUUCGGUCUCCGGGUCCUCACUUUCCUUCCCAGCCGUCAGACUCCCGUUGUGACUUGGGCUUGUGUCCCCGUAAGACCAGAAGGUCCCAGAGAAAUGGCCGUGCGCUCAGCUCGCCCAGCCCCGCUUCUGCCGCCCCCUCUCCGGUCUCCUCAGCACCGCCUUCUGGAGCCCGGUCCUCCCAGCGAGUUCUCUGCUGCCUUGACAGGCGCCCCUUCAGAGCUGUCUGCUCCCAGCCGCCCGGCCACCCAGGGGCCCGUCUGGCUGUUCAGCGCGGCCCUCGGUGCGGAGCAGAGCUCCCAUCGCGCACCCCACGCCCGGUCUUUUGGGUCCUGACAGCUGGGCUCCUCGUCUCCUCUGCCAGCCCGUCAGCAGCAGCAGUCUUCCUUAAAUACAUUGGAGCUGCCAGCCUGCCUCAGAGUAGACAGCGGCUUCUCCGGUGGCCUCGAGAUUCUGCAGGACCUGGCCCCCUCCCCUCAGCCCCUCGCCCAGCCGGCGUGGCGGCCCUGCCUUCCUCGCGGGCCUCGUGGCCGUUCCUGCCACCGCGCAUGCGCCACCGCGCAUGCGCCGGCCUCUGCCCGCGAGGUUUGCCCCCGCGUCCUCCAUGCUUCUUUCAGGUCUCUGUGCACCUCAGGCUCAGCUGUGUCCCCCGCCUGGGUUCUCUGUUAACACGCCACCUGACCCUGCGUGCUCUGCUGGCUCCUCCCGUUAGAACACGUGCCUGUGGGAGCAGGGCCGUGGCCGUGAAGCACUGGCCCGCAGAGCUGCUCGGUAGCUACUUGAGUGAGUGGCCUCAGCGCGGACUUUCAAAGCCCAAAGCUGGGACCCCUGCGUCUUUGCAUCUUGACUAGUGUAUCCUGUGUCCCCAUCACUGAAGCCCCUGUCAGUGUCGUGUGGGUGGCACCCAAGGUGCCUUGGUGCCUCCCGGCUGGCAUGGUGGGCCUGCAGAGCACACUGAGAUAAGGCCAUCAUUUUGGGUACUCUUGACAGUUUCCUCAUUGAUUUUUGGAGGCCUCCAGAUUUGGGUCUUGUCUUCAUUUCGUGAUAAGUCAAUUUGUACAAAGUUGGCUUAAAUUUUCUCUACCACAUAGUUCGUCAGUUUCCUCUCUCAUGCCAGGAUAACAAAACCUGUCAUUACAUCUAACAUUUCUCUGAUUUGUAAGGUUCCCCAAACUAGUCUGAAUGCGUGUGGAGGAAUAGGAAGGGAGAGCUGGUGGCGUGGCCUGGCUGCGUUAGACGUGCAGUACACUGUGGCUUUCUCCCCU